GGUGGCGGCCAUCACCGCGCCUCAGGCCGGGUCCCCGCCGCGAUGUUCUUCACCUGUGGCCCCAACGAGGCCAUGGUGGUGUCGGGCUUCUGCCGCAGCCCCCCCGUCAUGGUGGCCGGGGGCCGGGUGCUGGUGGUGCCGUGCCUGCAGCAGAUCCAAAGGAUCUCCCUCAACACGCUGACCCUCAACGUGCGCAGCGAGAAGGUGUACACCCGCCAUGGGGUGCCCAUCUCCGUCACCGGCAUCGCACAGGUGAAGAUCCAGGGGCAGAACAAGGAGAUGCUGGCAGCCGCUUGCCAGAUGUUCCUGGGCAAGUCAGAGGCUGAGAUCGCCCAGAUCGCCCUGGAGACCCUGGAGGGCCACCAGCGCGCCAUCAUGGCCCACAUGACCGUGGAGGAGAUCUAUAAGGACCGGCAGAAGUUCUCGGAGCAGGUUUUUAACGUGGCUUCAUCCGACCUGGUCAAUAUGGGCAUCAGUGUGGUCAGCUACACCCUGAAGGACAUCCAUGAUGACCAGGACUACCUGCACUCCCUGGGCAAGGGCCGCACGGCCCAAGUGCAGCGCGACGCCCGCGUCGGAGAGGCCGAGGCCAAGAGGGACGCCGGGAUCCGCGAGGCCCGUGCCCGGCAGGAGCAGGUCUCGGCGCAGCUGCUCAGCGAGGCGGCCAUGGCUCGUGCCCAGCGGGACUUCGAGCUGCAGCAGGCUCAAUGCGAUGCUGCCGUCAGCGCCCGCAAGGCCACGGCUGACCUGGCCUAUGAGCUGCAGGUGGCGAGGACGAAGCAGCAGAUCGAGGAGCAGCGGGCGCAGGUGCUGGUGGUGGAGCGGGCGCAGCGGGCGCAGCUGCAGGAGCACGAGAUCGGGCGCCGGGAGCUGGAGCUGGAGGCCACGGUCCGUAAACCGGCCGAGGCCGAGCGGUACCGGCUGGAGCGACUGGCGGAGGCGCAGAGGUCCCAGGUGAUCCUGCAGGCAGAGGCUGAGGCUGAAGCCAUGAGGGUGACAGGCGCAGCCAAAGCAGCCGCCGUGGCCGCCCGGGCCAGGGCAGAAGCAGCACAAGCAGCGGCCAAGGCUGAGGCCUUUGGGCAGUACCAGGAGGCGGCCGUGGUGGAGAUGGUGCUGCAGCGCCUGCCCCAGGCGGCCGAGGCGGUGGCGCAGCCGCUGCUGGGGACCCGCCGGGUGACGCUGGUGGCCGGCGCCUCCGGGGCCCUGGGGGUCUCCCGGCUGCCAGGGGAGGUCCUGGACGUGGUCACGCGCCUGCCCAGCGCCAUCGAGGCCUUGAGCGGCGUCAGCAUCACCCAGGGUACCCAGAAGAAGAGCGAGUGCCAGGGGUGAGGCGGGGACGCCAAAGGGGGAGCAACCCCUUGGAACC